ACAGCUGAGCAUUUUCAGUCUCAUUACUCUGUUCAGUAACCAAUCUCUAGCUUUCAGUGAGUGUGUGUGAGAGAUUCGUGAUGUCGGCCACAGGAGAAGUUGAAAACGCUACAGUCGAGCAGCCGGCGGCGGAGGUUGCUGCGGCUGAGGAGCAGCCAAAGGUGGUGGAGAAACCGGUCAAGGAGAAGAAGCCAAGAGGUCCUAAAGAGAAGAAGCAGAGAGUUCCUAAGACUGCUGCUCAUCCUCCUUACUUUCAGAUGAUCAAAGAGGCCUUGCUUGCUCUGAACGAGAAGGGAGGAUCGAGCCCGUACGCAAUUGCAAAGUAUAUGGAAGAGAAGCACAAGGCGGUGCUACCAGCGAAUUUCAGAAAAAUUAUGGGACUUCAGCUGAAGAAUUCUGCUGCUAAGGGAAAGCUGAUCAAAAUCAAGGCCUCAUACGAGCUCUCCGCCUCCGGCAAGAAGGACAUGGGCGCAAAAACGGUUCCAAAAAGCACUGUUGCAGCAAAAAAACAGCCUAAACGGGUCAAAUCCACCACCACCACAAGGGCAAAUGCGGCAAAGAAAACAGAGGCGGUGAAGAAGACUGCGAAGAAGAUUGGGGUGGCGAAAAAGACGAAGAAAUCGGAACCAACGAAGGCCAAGCAGCCUAAGUCUAUCAAGUCCCCAGCUGCGAAGAGGUCUCGGAGGGCCGUGGCUAAAGCGUAAAUAGCAGUAAAAAUGUUGUAAAAUCUGUGAAUAUGGGAAAUAACUGUCUCUAGCUUUAGUAUCUGUUUUUGUUCCAGUGUUGUUGAUGAAAGUGGUUGCAGAAAGAAUAGCUAGCUUGAACAUAUGUUUUGUAAUUCUGCUGCAAAAAUUAGGGUUUUAAUGAAAUGAAUGAAGCUUUGUAGUCUGCUCGUAUAUGAUGAAGACGGUACGAAUGAUUCUAGAUGUUUCCUUUGAGUAAGAGUGGAUUAAUAAUGCUCAUAUUUUCGAUGGUUAGAAAAU